GGGGCAAAUUGCCAUUAUAGUUGAGGUUAAAUUCAUUUUAGGUUGAACCCUAAUGAGAAUCUGAAGGGUUCAACCGUAAACUAGAGCAUUAAUCAAAGUGAGGGUGACAAACAUAACCUUAGCUUAAAAUAAUGGCGAGGUUCUAUUUCAAUUAUUGUGCCUUAUUGUUUGUUGCCCUUACUUCAAUAAUUGUCCCUUCAAUUUUGGGUCACAUUGGUGAGUUCGAUGAGGUGUGGCGUAGGCGUGCGGCUGAAGCUUGGGAGAAUGCCCUAAAGACAUAUGAGCCCGACCCUUAUAAUGUAACCGCGGCUUUCAAUAGCCAUGUUCAAAAGACAUUAUCGGAACAUGGUGCGAAGAAGAUGAACAAAAGCACAAGAAGGGAAUUAGGAAUAAAAAAGUACACGGGCCCAUGCAACGCAACAAACCCCAUCGACCGUUGCUGGCGUUGUGACCCUAAAUGGGAAACCAACCGGAAGAGAUUGGCCGAUUGCGGGCUAGGCUUCGGCCGUAAAGCCGUUGGUGGCAAGAACGGUGGAUUUUACGUCGUCACGGACAGCUCAGACAAUCCGUUGAACCCCAAACCGGGGACUCUCCGCCACGCGGUGAUCCGAAAGGAACCGUUGUGGAUCAUCUUUGCACGGAGCAUGAACAUCAGGCUCGAGCAAGAGCUGAUCAUGCAAGGUGACAAGACGAUCGACGGCCGUGGGGUCCAGGUGCACAUCACCGGUGGGGCCGGGAUCACCCUCCAAUUCAUCAAGAACGUCAUCAUCCAUGGGAUAUAUGUCCACAACAUCGUCCAAGGUAGUGGGGGACUCGUUAGAGAUUCUGUUGACCAUUAUGGGAUCCGAACCAGGAGUGAUGGUGAUGGUAUCUCCAUAUUUGGGUCUUCGGAUAUUUGGAUUGACCAUGUCUCCAUGAAGAAUUGUUAUGAUGGUCUUAUUGAUGCCAUUGAAGGAUCCACGGGUAUCACUAUUUCCAAUAGCCACUUCACUGAUCAUAAUGAGGUGAUGUUAUUUGGGGCAAAUGACAAUUCAAAGAAAGAUGAGAUUAUGCAAAUCACACUUGCUUUCAACCACUUUGGGAAGAGAUUAGUGCAAAGAAUGCCAAGAUGUCGAUUUGGGUAUAUUCAUGUUGUCAACAAUGAUUACACUCAUUGGAACAUGUACGCCAUUGGAGGGAGUGCUAACCCCACCAUCAUUAGUCAGGGCAACCGGUUCAUUGCUCCUCCUGAUAUGUUCAAGAAAGAGGUUACUCAUAGAGCAGCCGGGAGUGAGGAAGAAUGGAAGCAAUGGGUAUGGAGGUCAGAAGGAGAUAUAUUCAUGAAUGGGGCUUUCUUUGUCCAGUCUGGAGAUCCAACUUAUACGUCAAAACAAAACAAUUUACAUUAUGAUGGAAUAAAGGCAUUCAAGGGGGAGGAAGUGACUUGGCUUACUCGUUUUGCAGGGGCACUGGCUUGCAAAAUAGGAUUUCCCUGUUAAAUAAUUAACUAGAUUGUAUUUUCUACAAAUUAAUCUUUCUUAUUGCCUGUCUCUAUAUGUGUUUUUUGCUAAUGUUGUGCCAUUAUUAUUGUGCCAAUAUAAUGUCCCAAAUUUGUUAGGCAUGAACGAAGUUUUGAGACUUCUUUUAUUCCCCAUGAAAUGAAAA